GGAGCGGCAUUCCCGGCUGCCGUUAUCCAGCCGGGGGCAGCGGGACGGCGCGGAUGCUGCACCGGGAGCCGCGGGGCCGCCGGGGCUGAAGGAUCCCGCUCGCAGCCUCCUCUUCCUCGGGUGGUUUUCCCUCCCUCCUCCUCCUCCUCCCCCCCUGCAUUUCCUCCUGCACCUUUAAGAAGCCCAUUGCCGCCGGUGGGAUGGUGUGUGCUAAAGCUGCACAGAGGAAGUUACGCAGCCGGGAUCAGGCACGGAGAUAAAAGCUCCGAUUGUGAUUGAAAGUCCCUCCAGCUAAUGAGCUCUGCCUUUGCCCUGACCAUGAAAGAGAGAGGAGACCUCAGGUAGCCCCAUGGCUUGCAGCUGAAGGCUGUGGGAACUUGGUGCUCUGUUGCCAAAAGGCAGAAUUGGACCAGGAAUCCUCGGCACCACCACAGGACACAGCAGGAGAAGCCAAGGCCAGCCCUGCCCCAGUCAGCCCAGUGACCACCCAGCCCCUGCUGCGACCACCACGGAUCUGGGAACCCGACCUGCUCACGCUGACACCACAAGCAGUCUCUCAUGUCAGAGCUGUACUGAUGACCAGAUGCUCUAUUUAUUUUAUGUGCUAAUGUUCAAACACCCCGAUAAUUAAGGCAGACACAGUUUAAGGCACUUUGCACAGCAACGCAUUUGGAGCAGACCAGAAGGUUGAGGAAAACCUGAUCCAGCACCAUCUCACGGCCUCUCCAAUUUACUCCUAUCAAAUUUCAUCAGCAGCUCAGAACUUGAUCUUUGUAUUGAUUGACUGGAGUCACCUCUAGAUAUUUUCAUGCUGAUUUGGAAGACCUUUCGUACAAUAAAAGGGGGAAAAAUGAGGUUAAGGAAGACUUUUGACCACUGAUCAGCAACUCUGGCCAAAACUUUCCCAAUCAAGUGAAUUGCAAAGUUGGCUUCUGUGCCAAGAGAGGAACUUUCUACAUCCAGAUACAGCGUGCAGAGUGGGAUCAUCCCUGUUCCUGUCUGGAUCUCCUUCGACUGGAGCAUUCUUAGAUGAGGAGUUUCCAUGCUGAUCCCGAGAGCCCCCCCUAGCCCACAAGCCGCCUUCCUCGGGACUCUCGGCACUGCGCUCGCCCAGGGACCCCGCGCCUGGCUGCAGCUGCCAUGCUCUACCUGGCUGCUCUCCUCGUGCACUGCGUCCCCCUGGCCAUGGGACAGUAUGACAUUUGCAAGUCCUGGGUGACCACGGACGAUGGCCCAUCAUGGGAGUUUUAUGCUUGCCAGCCCAAGGCCAUGAGGAUGAAGGAUUACGUGACCGUGCGGGUGGACCCGGCAGGAAUCACCUGUGGGGACCCUCCGGAGAGGUUCUGCACCCAUGAGAACCCGUACCUGUGCAGCGACGAGUGCGACGCCUCCAACCCCGACCUGGCGCACCCGCCCAAGCUGAUGUUCGACAGCGAGGACGAGGGGCUGGCCACGUACUGGCAGAGCGUGACCUGGCGCCGGUACCCGGAGCCGCUGCUGGCCAACAUCACCCUGUCCUGGAACAAGAGCAUCGAGCUGACCGACGACAUCGUGAUCACCUUCGAGUACGGGCGCCCCACCAUCAUGAUGCUGGAGAAGUCGCUGGACAACGGGAGGACUUGGCACCCGUACCAGUAUUAUGCAGAUGACUGCAUGGAGGCCUUCAGCAUGCCAGCACGGAGGGUCCGCGACCUCUCCGCCACCAGUGCCAACAGGGUCCUCUGCACCGAGGAGUAUUCCCGCUGGGCGGGCUCCAAAAAAGAGAAAACCGUCCGGUUUGAGGUGCGGGACCGCUUCGCCAUCUUCGCCGGCCCCGACCUCAAGAACAUGGACAACUUGUACACCCGGCUGGAGAGCGCCAAGGGGCUCAAGGACUUCUUCACCGUCACCGACCUGCGCAUGAGGCUGCUGAGACCAGCCCUGGGGGGCACCUACGUGCAGAGGGAGAACUUGUACAAGUACUUCUACGCCGUCUCCAACAUCGAGGUCACCGGCAGGUGUAAAUGCAACCUCCACGCCAACCUGUGCACCUUCAAAGAGGGCAGCCUGCAGUGUGAGUGUGAGCACAACACCACGGGCCAGGACUGUGGCAAGUGCAAGAAGAACUUUCGCUCCAGGUCCUGGCGAGCAGGGUCCUACCUGCCUCUCCCCAACGGGUCCCCCAAUGCAUGUGCAGCUGCAGGCUCAGCCUUUGGCAACUGCGAGUGCUACGGCCACUCCAACCGCUGCAGCUACAUCGACUUCCUGAACGUGGUGACCUGCGUGAGCUGCAAGCACAACACGCGGGGGCAGCACUGCCAGCACUGCCGCCUGGGCUUCUACCGCAACAGCUCCGCCGAGCUGGACGACGAGAAUGUCUGCAUAGAAUGUAACUGCAACCAGAUCGGCUCCAUGCACGACCGCUGCAACGAGACCGGCUACUGUGAGUGCAGGGAAGGCGCCACAGGGCCCAAGUGCGACGACUGCUUGCCCAACUACUACUGGAGACAGGGCUGCUUCCCCAAUGUGUGCGACGACGAGCUCCUGCUGUGCCAGAACGGCGGCACCUGCUACCAGAACCAGCGCUGCAUCUGCCCCGCGGGCUUCAAGGGCGUGCUGUGCCAGCAGUCCCGCUGCGAGGCGGACAAGCAGGACUGUGACCGAGCCCCCGGCGCCGGCGGCAGCCUGGCCACCGUGGCGCUGGGCGUGCUGGCCCUGCAGCUGCGAGCCUGGGCGGAUCUCUGAGGCUGCACGGGGAGCCCGGCGCGGGCUGGCACCCGGGGACACCGGGGCGACGGGCGGCCGUCCCCAGCGCCUCCCUUGGCGCUAGGACUCGCACGAUGCCCUCGGGCCCCCUUUGCAGGCGGAGAGGCUGGCGGGGGGCGCGGAGUGUCCCGCGGCGGGGACGGUGCUCGGUGACCCGCGCAGGCCGGCCCGGGGCCGCCGGGGCUCUGGGCAAGCCCUGCCGCCACCCGAGGGAUGGUUUUGUUUUUUUAUUACUUGAUUUACUAUGGUAUAGGCUGGGGUGUUGUUUUUAUUUUCCCUCCUCUUAGCGUCCUGAUUUGGAAGAGCCCCAGCACGCCAGAGGCAGGGACAGGAGGGAGGGGAGAGGGGACUCUGCUCCAUCCCUGUCCCACAUCCCACCGCGGGCCCGGCCUGGCCACGCACAUACCGUUGCCUACGACUGUAGUUGCUGCAUUGGUUUUGUAUUUUCAUGGCUGGGUUUUGUUUUCUUGCACUUACAGAGAACACGUGGGCCGCGAGGCAUUUGGAACGUGAGGAGUGCAGUGUCUUAUCCACACAUGUCCGUAUGGUGUACGGGUCAAAUACUUCUUUUGGUAGAGACUUAUUUUUGUUUGGAUUAAAUGUUAUAACAGAACCACGACCUAAAGGGACAUUUUACCAUGAGCAUUUGAUUCUGGUGUAUCCUCCUCCAGUAAAGCAACUAUUAAUGGCUGCUUGAUCACCACGUUUUCCUUUUUGU